AUGGAGUGCGAUUUGUGGGCCAGCGAUGCAGCAAAACUCAAACAGUUGCAGCAAACUGUAGACUCGCUGCUGCAGCGAGCCCGCACGGAUCCAGCAGCAGCAACAGGAGAAGCAGCAGCAGUGCUGCGCGGACAUGUGACCAGAAUGGCCCAGCGCUGCAGCCAACUUGAGCAGUCGCUUAUGAGAGCGUCGGAGUCCCCCGAGCUCUUCGGCUUAUCUGCUGCUGCGCUGCAGCAGCGGCUGCUGCUGCUGCAGCAGCUGCAGCAGCAGCAGGACGCGCAGCUGGAGGCUUUUCGGCUGCUUUUCUCGCAAGCCGGGGUGUACAGACACUCCAAAAAAGAAUCUUUUAAUUCCAACUUUUCAGAUUUCCCCCUCGAAGACAACAGUUCAUUUUUGGAAGAAACUGCUGACACCCCAACUAGCGCCUCUGCUGACGAUUUUGGCUCCUUCGGCCCCAGCCCGAGCGUGUCGGGCUCGAGUCUGCUGCAGCAGCCGCAGCAGCAGCGGUGGCAGCAGCAGCAGCAGCAGCAGCAGGACGAGGAGCAGCAGGAGCAGCAGCUUUCGUACUUGGCGGGUUCUGUGAUGAAUCUGAAGGAAAUAAGUUACGCAAUAAGUGACGAGGUGUCUGUACACCGCAGACUGCUCGACGCCACAGAAAGCUCCCUAGACACCGCAGAAGCCAAUUUAAAAAAAAACAAAAAAAUGCUCCAAAAACUUAUGAAAAGACAUUCCACCAUUUGUCUCCUUCUUGUCGCUCUCGCCCUUCUUUGUCUCCUCAUUUUCCUCCUAGUCUUCACAGCGUAG